AUGUUUCUAACCUGUCGCCCGCCCAUCCAUUUCAACGACCCUCAUCACCCGCGAAAAAUGUCAAACUGUCAGCGCAAUAUGAGGUUCCUACUAAUACAGCCGCAGAACCCCCUCAGAAAUGCCCUGAAAUACUGGGAAAGGUGGUGCGGCGGUGCUCUAGUAAACCUUGCUCUACUUCCAAACUAUAAGCCACCCAUGAUAUCGAAUUUGGCUUUCUAUCAAAGGAUGGCAACAAGGUUCAAAAGAAGAGAAAAAUGCAGGUAG